GGCGCCCACGCACGUGCCAGCCCACGUGGCCCCACCCUAGCGACCGUUACUAAGGGGCGUGGCUCAGCCCCGCGGAACCCGAGCCUCCUGCGACUUAUAAAUAUUUGCGUAUUCAAAUGAGGCCUGGCUCCCGUCGCCAUGGCGCCGAGGCCGCAACCCCACGGCCGGAAGAACAGCCUGGAGUAGGAGACAGCGCCUGGAGGCGGAGGGCGCCCAGGGCCAAGCUGCCAGGGCCGGACACCUGGGCUGAGCCCUUAGACCAGGCCACGGAGGCACCCGGAGUCUGAGCCGCUGCCCUGCUCCAACACUCCCGCCCACCACCUCUGUGAACGGCUGGCCAACUCGCCUGGUGCAGGGGCAGCUCUAGACGGGGUGGAGAGUAUGCAUCUUCAAUGUCCACACGUGGUCAACAGAUAAAAGCCACGGCCAGAACAUUCUAGGUGGCUACAUGUGCAUCUGCCUGUUCACGGAUUCCUUCGACAAAUAUUUGAGCAUCCCCUCCUGCGACUGUGGACAGCAGAGGAGCACGCAGGCCACGUACAGGCCACAGCUCUGGGGCGAAGCAGGCCCUCAACCGAACACGUAUAGAGACGGGGUUUCACCGUGGUCUCGAUCUCCUGACCUCAUGAUCCGCCCGCCUCGGCCUCCCAAAGUGCUGGGAUUACAAGCGUGAGCCACCGCGCCCGGCCUGACGUUUGCAUCUUUAAGGGGCAACACCAGCAGGUUACAUGUGAAUGGACCCAGGCUGGGACAGAUCCUGUGGGCCUCGGCCGAGCACCUCCAGUAUCCGGGUUCGGGAGCUGAGCUGGCGAGGUCUGCACAACCCCUGCCCACAGAGCAAGAGCCCUGGCAGCCAGAGGGACAGCCUUGGAGAGCAGCUGGUGGAACAGUACCUGUCCCGUGCCCGGCUGCAGGCCCUGGCCCGGGUGGAUGACCUUCGGCUGGUGAGGGCGCUGGAGAUGUGUGUGGACACUCGUGAGGGCAGCCUGGGGAACUUUGGGGUGCACCUGCCCAACCUGGACCAACUGAAGCUGAACGGCAGCCACCUGGGCUCCCUGAGGGACCUGGGCACGGCUCUGGGCCACCUGCAGGUGCUGUGGCUGGCUCGCUGUGGCCUCGCUGACCUGGAUGGCAUCGCUUCUUUGCCAGCACUUAAGGAACUCUACGCCUCCUACAACAACAUCUCGGACCUGAGCCCGCUGUGCCUGCUGGAGCAAUUGGAGGUGCUGGACCUGGAGGGCAACAGCGUGGAGGACCUGGGGCAGGUGCGCUACUUGCAGCUGUGCCCACGCCUGGCCAUGCUCACCCUGGAGGGCAACCUGGUGUGCCUACAGCCGGCCCCUGGCCCCACCAACAAGGUGCCCAGGGGCUACAACUACAGGACAGAGGUGAGGAAGCUCAUCCCCCAGCUGCAGGUCCUGGACGAAGUGCCGGCCGCACACACAGGCCCACCAGCACCCCCGCGGCUGAGCCAGGACUGGCUUGCGGUGAAGGAGGCCAUCAAGAAGGGCAACAGCCUCCCCUGGCUGGACUGUCCCCGUGGAGCCGCCAUCCGGAGACUUGACCCCGAGCUGUCCCUGCCUGAGACGCAGCCCUGGGCUUCCAGGCCCUGGCCCUUCUCCCUGCUGGUCCAUGGGGGCCCCCUGCCCGAAGGCCUGCUUUCUGAGGACCUGGCCCCAGAAGAUAACGCCAGCAGCCUCACCCAUGGUGCUGGCCAAGUCCUCUGUGGGAACCCCACCAAGGGCCUGCGGGAGCGUAGGCACCACUGCCAGGCCAGGGAGCCCCCGGAGCAGCUGCCCCAACACAGGCCAGGAGAUCUGGCCGCCAGCACUUCCACCCCAGAGCCUGACCCUGCAGACAGCUCUGACUUCCUGGCCUUGUCUGGGCUUAGGGCCUGGAGGGAACGUGGCGUGCGCCCCCUCCCCUAUAGGCACCUGGAGUCCCAACAGGAAGGGGCUGUAGCCCCCUGGGGCCUACGGAGGGUCCCUGAAGAGCAAGUGCACCAGGCAGAGCCCAGGACUCCCCCCAGCCCCCCAAGCCUGGCCUCAGAGCCCUCCGGGACCUCGAGCCAGCACCUGGUCCCUUCACCUCCCAAGCACUCAAGGCCACCACAUUCUGGCAGCAGCUCCCCGCGUUGGUCGGCAGACCUGCAGUCCAGGGGGCGUCGGCUCCGAGCCCUGGGCAGCUGGGGGCCUGGCCUGGGUGAUGGAGUGGCUGCAGUGCCUGUCCUGAGAGCCCUGGAGGUGGCCUCAGGCCUGAGCCCUCGAGCCCAGGGACGUUGUGGCCCGAAGCCAGCACCAGAUGCAGCUGCCAGACCUCCCAGGGCAGCUGAACUCUCUCACCCCAACCCCGUCCCCACUUAAUGUAGCCCCCACUGCCAAGCUUGCUUGUGCUGGGGCCACGAUUGCCCACAUAUGUGGUCACAGAGCACAGAACACCUGGGCGGGUGUAUUGGUGGGUGGAAGGAGUGCCUGGCCCUGGGGAGGACCCUCUUGGUGGAGGGGAGUGGGGGACUGGGACCAGCCAGGGAGGCAGCAGAGGCUGGAACCCAGUUUAGGCCCCCAACUGGGUUUGGCCUGGGGAGGGAGGGUGCCGCUCCCCAGCCCUUCCUCAGGGCCAGGCUUUCCGGCUGGCACGGGGGUGGGGGGUGGUCACCCGGAGCAGGCCUGUCAGAGGCCUCUCCUGCUAGAGUUGGGCAUGGCCGAGGGGCAGGCGCUGGAGCUGCGAGUCCAUCACUCCCUUGCCGGCCCCAGGGUAAGAGCCACCUCCUAGGCCGCAGUGGCCCAAGGUCCCAGCUGCUCGCCUGAGGCCGCCGGGGGUGCGGCCCAGGCCUCCCGUCUCUGGGGGAUCUGUAGGGUUCCCGCGCCGCGAUAGGGCGGCCCGUUCCCUCCUCUUGGCGCAGGACGCCCCGGAACCCAAGCGCGACAUUUUCAACUCUCAGGUGUAUAGAAUGCGGUUUACUUUGUAGGCCACGUUGGUUCAAUAAAUGAUGCAGCGGACACAGCCCGCCCAGCCCCGG